GGCCGCGCUGACUAGGGUGGCGAGGCGGUCGCUUCGAGCGCGUUAGUUUGCUCCCUGAAGAGCGUGAGGGCGGUUGGGUGCCGGCGGUCACUCUUGCGUUCGCUGGGAGAUGCCCUUUGCUUCUCGAAUGUAAUGCACUUUAUGUUUAUUCUUCAACAGUGAAAAUGAGUCAUACAGAGGUAAAGUUAAAAAUACCUUUUGGAAAUAAAUUACUGGAUGCUGUUUGUUUGGUACCUAACAAGAACAUAGCAUAUGGAAUAAUUCUUACACAUGGAGCAUCUGGCGAUAUGAAUCUUCCUCAUUUGAUGUCACUGGCAUCCCAUCUUGCAUCUCAUGGGUUUUUUUGCCUGAGAUUUACUUGCAAAGGCCUUAACAUUGUUCAUAGAAUUAAAGCAUAUAAAGCAGUUUUGAAUUACCUAAAGACCUCAGGAGAAUACAAACUUGCCGGUGUUUUUCUUGGAGGUCGUUCGAUGGGCUCAAGAGCAGCUGCUUCUGUAAUGUGUCAUACUGAUCCAGAUGACACUGAUGAUUUUGUUCGAGGUCUCAUUUGUAUUUCUUACCCACUGCACCAUCCAAAGCAGCAGCAUAAACUCAGAGACGAAGAUCUCUUUCGUAUAAAGGAUCCUGUACUGUUUGUGUCAGGCUCAGCAGAUGAAAUGUGUGAAAAGAACUUAUUGGAGAAAGUAGCACAGAAAAUGCAAGCUCCCAGUAAAAUCCAUUGGAUUGAGAAGGCUAAUCAUUCCAUGGCUGUGAAGGGACGGUCAACAAAUGAUGUAUUCAAAGAAAUAAAUACACAGAUCUUGUUUUGGAUCCAAGAAAUCACUGAAAUGGAUAAGAAAUAAUUGUUGUUAAAAGCCAUGUUAUUUUGAAUAAAAGUAUGGUUACUUUGAUAAGUAAAGUAUACCUCUCAGCAUUGUGAGAUAUAUUUCAGACUAAUGUUCUUUAAUGUUGCCGUAUUUUUGAAACAUUGUAUUAUGAAAAUAUCCUUUGCAAGAUGUCUUUUUAAAGCACUGUUAUAGUUAUAUGGAGAUAAUGUACAAAUAUUGAAGGUUGUCUAUAAUUUAUUUUCAUUCGUAUAGUUAAGUUUUGAAAAAUUAAACAUUUGCAUUUUGUUACAAUGGUGC